UCUCCUUCCAUCUCUCUAUGUCCUGCCCCUUUCUCUGUGGCCCUAUGAGACCGCCCUUUUCCUUAUACAGAUGAAGGAUACUGGAGUAAUUUCGAGGUUAUGUAUUAUUUUUGGGGAUUGGGGGUGUUACCUGAAGAGCUCUAAUUGGCUGUUCCCCUGGGCUCUGGGGCCUUUAUUCCCCACUAAGUGCCUCACUCCCUCUGUCUCUAUCUUGCCGGCGCCAUGUCCCAAGGCCACGGGGCCCAGGCUGGAGUUUAGCGGCUCUAAAAGGCGACAGAUUCCCGGGAGAGUGUUCUCCGCCCUCUGUCCGCGGGGCCGGAACCGAAGAAAGGACCCUGUACGAUCCUCCGGAGCUGCUUUCCCGGCGGACACCGACCGGAACCUGAAAGCGUGAGACGACCGGAAAUCAGGGUCUGAGUGUGUUAUGGCAGUGAAGAAGUGAGAUUUACAAGCAUCAUGGCAGACAAAAGACAGCGGGCAAGGGUGCAAGGUGCAUGGGCAAACCACAGUAAGACCACAGUAAGAUCACUUCAAGUUCACAGGAAUUCUUCAGCAAAUGUUGCUGGAACACACUGGCUACCAAAUGAACAAGCUGCAGCUGAUGGAAGAUUUGUCUUUCAAAAUCCAACAGAGGUUCAGCGUAAAAUUCCAGAAGAAAAGACCAUUGACAAAGAAGGUUUUUAUGAAAUUAGCAGUGGGCCAACAGGAGUUUCCAGACUAUACCUAAAGCCUGGUUUUAUUGAUCCAAAAGAAGCUGAUUGGAUGUUUGAACAACUGUACGCAGAAAUACCCUGGAAGCAAAAAUCAAACAUCAGAGAGGGUAGAUCAUAUCAAGAGCCGCGACUCACAGCUUGGUAUGGAGAUCUUCCUUACACAUACUCCCACACAGCUAUGAAAUCAAACCCUCAUUGGCAUCCUCUGCUGAUUAUGCUGAAGGAUCACACUGAGAAAGUAACUGGAUACACCUUUAAUUCUCUUCUUUGCAAUUUGUACCGAAAUGGCAAAGACAGCAUUGAUUGGCACAGUGAUGAUGAACCGUCACUGGGGCAAAAACCUAUCAUUGCAUCACUUAGCUUUGGAGACACCAGGAUCUUCGAAAUGAGAAAAAAGCCACCACCAGAGGAUAAAGGAGAUUACACAUAUGUAGAAAGAAUCCGGAUCCCACUGAGCCACGGGUGUUUGUUGGUAAUGGAAGGAGAAGCUCAGAAGGAGUGGCAGCAUCGAGUGCCAAAAGAAUACCAUGACAGAAAUCCACGAAUAAACCUGACAUUUCGAACAAUUUACCCUGAGACACAAAGGAACUGAAGAUGAAAUGAACACAGAGGAUGACAAUGUGCAAAUAAGUGAAGAACAAAAGACCUCAAACAGGCUUUGUUAGUUUUUGUUUGAAAGUUGAACAUUUGGAUUGUACGGUUAAAAUAACAAAAAACUGUUAGGCCAGCGUUUCAAUUGAAGACAUUGCCAAAAGAAAACUAAACAAAUGUGUUUAGACUGUAUCUGUUAAUAAUACAAUACAACAAUUUUAAUGCUUGGACUUUAAGUUAAAGUUGAAUAUCUAGAUAAUUUAACUUUGACAAAUUUAAGAAAAUCUUGUUUUGGAUCUGCUGUACUUUAUCUAAACAGGAAGCUGAUUUCUAGAAAAUGGGUACAAAGUUAUGAGUGAUGUUGGAAAACAUUUGUCACAUUAUAUUGUUUAUUAAUCCACAAAAAGUUGCUUGCCUGGUAAUAUACAUUGGCGUGUUUGAUUCACAUUCCCUAUUAUUUUAAGGCUGAGGAAUUUGUUCUUAAGAAUCAAAGAUACAUGAGGCAAAAUGUUGAGUGUUUGAUAAAGAGUUGAAAAUAUGAAUCAAAGAUUAAUUAUUUUUGUUUCAUACAAUAUAAGCAAUAGUUAGCAGUGAGUUAACUUGCCAAGAAUACAUUUGCUCAACUUCAAAAUGCAUACUGAAUUUUAACAAAACAAAAUCAGAAUUCAGCUAUAGGUCCUAGUGGCAAACAUUAUUACAUUGGAUAAACCCAAAAGAAAUGUGCUAUUUAAAACAGGUUUGCUGAAGUUUCGUAUAUAGACCAAUGUCAAGUUUGAUUAAAAAAUGCAUACUAUUGAUUCAUUGCUGCAUUUGAAAAGACUCAAAUUUUAUUGAUUUAAUUUAGACUUCUAAAGGUGGUAGAUUUGGCAGCCAGAAACUGGCAGCAAAUACCCAAGUUUUGAACACUCCUUCAUCUCAUUUUCUAAUGUACUUUCAAAGUUUAAAAAAAAAUGCAUCAGACCAUAAGAAAACACAUUAAGGAAUACAGUGCAGUCACUUAUUGGAGGUUUAACUUGAGUGUUCUUUUUUAUUCAAGAGCUUAUUUAUUGAAUCCUGCAGUAAUUACUUCUUAAAACGUAUUGCUGAGCAAACCACAACGUUUCUUGUUGGAGAUGACUUUUGUACAUAACUAAAAUAAUUUAUCAUUUUCAAACAAAAUGUUAUCAUCAGGUGACUCAGUGAGUACCUGGACCAUGCAAUCCAAAAACAAUUUGGCUCCUGAUCUGUGUUGAGUUUGCUAAUCUUAGCUGGGAUACAGUAGAGAAAUUACAAAUGACCUUGGGUUUUCUGGAUUAGAAAGAGAAAUAUUUGCUGGAACUCUAAAUUACUGUGCAGCCCCCCCAGUGGAAAUUACCCCUGUGGACAGUGAGGGACGAGACUGGUUUAAUAGUGAUGUCCAUGUUGUUGAAGUGCUUGUUUCCAGCCAGUGUAAAGAGUUGCACAUGUAGAAUCAUAACUUGAGUCAGAAAUGGGAGCAGAGAUAUUGUUGAAAAGAAACGCUGGCUCCAGAUUAGAAAUUGUGAUAUAAAGAUAUGCAAUUGAUGUGCACUAAAUAAAUAGGACUGUGUUAAUCCAAAUCUGGUUAACUGCGAUUAUUUUCAGUCGACAGGUACUGGUCUGUACUCUAGAAAAAUACUGUCCAAUGCUAAUCAGCAUUUUUUUUAAACAGUAGUGAUUUUUUUUUUGUGCUUGUUGCCAAAGAACAGGGCUGUUCUAUUUGAUUUCAGUAGAUUUUCUGUAUUCAGAAACAGUGAAAUAUGUUUGUUAAUAAAAUGGGUGUAAAAUUUCAA